AAUCAUAUUGUUAAAUAAAAGAUAUUUUUGGGAGAAGAUAGUUAUAGUUUAUCUCAAUUUGAAUGUAAAGCCCAUGGCCAUGGCUUCAGCACCAUAAAUUACCAACCUUUCAAUUUCAAUCCGCUUUAGAUGCCAAAAUUGAAUAAAAACCCCCCACCAGAAAAUAACGGUUACAGUACACAAGAAGCACAAGCAUGAGAGAGCUUGUAAUCCUAUGCUCUUCUUCUUCUAUAGUAACUCCUCCGCCAAAUCCAUCUUCCCACCAUUCUCCUAAACCCAAACCUAAACCCUCCUCUCUUUCCAAACACAUCCCUUCUUCUGGGCUUCACAUGAUCGCUUUGGCUAAGGGCAUUUCCAAGAACCUCCGUGAACGGAAUGUAGACAGUGUUGUUGAUGCUUUAAAUACAGCUGAUCAGCUUGGUCUUCCUCCUUCGCAGCUCUUUGAUGCUGCCUCUAUGGAUUUGCUUAAAACUGAGUGUCUUCGGAUUGUCAACUUUGGUCGUUUGGAGGAUAUUAUUCUGUUAAUGGAGACUCUAGCAGGUUAUUCAUUCAGCAUCAAAGAACUUGUUGAGCCAUCUAGAGUUAUUAAGUUAUGUGUUCAUCAACGUAAUCCACAUUUGGCUGUGAGGUACGCUCGACUUUUUCCACAUGAAGGUAUAUUGAUGUGUAGCAUUGUUAAGCAAUUUGGGAAAAAGGGAGAUUUGGACUCUGCUUUGGCAGCAUAUGAAGCAUAUAUGCAGCACUCAACUGUUCCUGAUAUGUAUCUAUAUCGUGCUUUAAUUGAUGUUUGUGGCCUCUGUGGCGACUACAUGCAAUCCAGGUACAUUUUUGAGGACAUAGUCAGUCAGAAGGUCAUCCCAAACAUCUUUGUUUUCAACAGUCUCAUGAAUGUGAAUGCCCAUGAUUUGGGUUACACAUUGCAUGUGUACAAAAAGAUGCAAAAUCUUGGCGUAACAGCAGAUAUGACAUCGUAUAAUAUCCUUUUGAAGUCAUGCUCCCUUGCUGGAAAAGUGGACUUGGCCCAAGACAUUUAUAGGGAAGCAAAGCAGUUGGAAUUAGCAGGACUCUUGAAGUUGGAUGACUUCACAUACUGCACAAUCAUAAAGAUCUUUGCAGACGCAAAGUUGUGGCAACUUGCUCUGAAAAUUAAAGAAGACAUGUUAUCAUCUGGUGUCACACCUAAUACAUUUACAUGGUCGUCAUUGAUCAGCGCCAGUGCCAAUGCGGGUCUUGUAGAUCAGGCAAUUAAAUUAUUUGAAGAGAUGCUUCUUGCUGGAUGUGUACCAAACUCGCACUGUUGCAACAUCCUUUUACAUGCUUGUGUAGAGGCUUGCCAGUAUGAUAGAGCUUUUCGGCUUUUCAAUGCCUGGAAGGGAAGUGAAAUCCAGAAUACUUUUACUACAGAUUACAAUUGCCCUGUGGAUGAUAUAUCAAGUGCAAUGCAUGCAUGUGAAGAUUAUAUUAUUACUGUGCCAAAUCUAGCAUCUAAUUCACUUCAUUUGAGCUUUCUUAAGAAAUUUCCCUUCACACCCUCAUCAGCAACGUAUAAUACAUUAAUGAAAGCAUGUGGUAGUGAUUACAAUCGUGCAAAGGCCUUAAUGGAUGAGAUGCAGGCAGUAGGUCUUUCCCCUAACCAUAUAAGUUGGUCUAUCUUGAUUGAUAUUUGUGGAAGUUCAGGCAACAUGGAGGGUGCCAUACAAAUUUUGAAGAACAUGCGAAUGGCCGGAAUUGAACCUGAUGUUAUUGCAUAUACAACGGCUAUUAAGGUUUCUGUGGAGAGUAAAAACUUGAAGAUGGCGUUUUCAUUAUUUGCAGAGAUGAAAAGAUACCAAUUAAAACCAAAUUUGGUGACAUAUGACACAUUACUAAGAGCUCGUACUAGAUACGGGUCUUUAAAAGAAGUGCAACAAUGCCUGGCUAUAUAUCAGGAUAUGAGGAAAGCAGGGUACAAAUCCAAUGAUAAUUAUCUUAAGCAGCUAAUUGAGGAGUGGUGUGAAGGAGUAAUACAAGAUAAUGAUCAGUGCCAAGAUGAUUUUAAACCUUGCAAAAGAGCUGAGUUUGGCAGACCCCACAGUCUACUUCUUGAGAAAGUUGCGGCACACUUGCACCACAAUGUUGCUGAAAGCCUAUCAGUUGACCUGCAGGGGCUAACAAAGGUUGAGGCUCGGAUUGUGGUUCUUGCAGUACUUCGAAUGGUCAAAGAGAAUUAUAUCCAAGGACAUUUAGUUAAAGAUGACAUGUCGAUAACCUUAGGAAUCGAUAAGGUAGAUGUGCUUCCUGCCACACAAAAGGCAGAGGUGAAAGAUGCAAUUUUUAAACUUCUACACAAUGAAUUAGGGCUGGAGGUUCUGAUUGUAGUCCCCAGAUAUACAGCUGAUCUAGAGACAGAUUUGGAAAUCCCUCUCAAUUCAUAUCAAAACUGGUCAAAAAGUUCUGGAAGGGAGAACAUAAGGGUGUCUUCCGCAAGGCGGCCUCUAGUUCUACAAAGGUUAAAGGUCACAAGGAAUUCAUUGCAUUCUUGGCUACAGAGAAAAGCAGGUGCAUUGAGAAGGUGAUUAUUUUUUAUGUACAAAUGCAAAAUAUUGUAUAUGACUGUAUAUGUGCUCUUCUUUCUUACCGCUUUCUGUAUUAGUAGCAGAACACAACAGUAUCAUACAUGAUGAAAUGUAAGCAAAAAUAUUUGAGAAAAUAAAGAUGAAUAAAACCUCUUUCCAUGGUA